AAAGAAAAAAAAAAAAAAAAAAACGCGUCCAAGUUACUUUGAAGCCCCGAAAAUGGAUCUCUUGAAACGCGUGCAAUUUAGGUUUUUUUUAAAUAAAAAAAAAGGGGGGGCGCGAUACAAAAAUCAAGACAGCGUGCAUUAACUGAUCAGGGCAAUCCGUUCUAUCACUCCUUCUUUUUCUUUUCCUCUAUAUUUCCUCAUCAUUGUUCUGCAUAGCGCUUUUAAGAUGCCAUAUGAAAUAUUGCCUGUGACUACUACAACGGCUAUGAACAACAGUAACUAUAACUGCCGAUUCAAUAGUAAUAACAACAGCCCUGAUGACGCCACAUCCACAUUGUUGAAGAAUAUCAAUAACAAACAUACCCCUUCUUCUGCUAUUCUCACAAACAAUGCAGUAAACUUUACUUCUUCCUUAUCCGACUCGGAUAUUUCUAAACAUUUGGAAUCGUUGCGAGCCCGACUCGGCCUUGCAAGGUUCAAGAUGAAUCAAGGUUGGGAGAGCUCAACUUUUGGUGAUGUACAGCAGUUGUGGAAGAAACGACAGCAAAGAUUAAUUGAUGAGUUACCGAAACCUCGCUUCACGCAGCGAGAUAUUAUUGAUAAACGUGUAUAUAUACCCUCACCUGGCGCUAAACAUGCCAAAACUAAAAAAGCACGACUCACACGGGCCCUCUCCAGCCCGAUCACAUCCAAUGAUUUCCAUCAACACCAGUAUCAUUUGAAAAGAAAAAAGAACUUAAUAUGUAGUCAAGAGCAACAGUCAUCAUCAGCAGAAGCAGCAUUGGAUGCAGCAACAGGUACGAUAGGUCACUGCUCAAGAUCAAGGCGAGUAACAGAUACCUUUAACGGAAAAAGAUCCUUCAGUAUCUCUUCACCCAUCAGUACUACUCUUCAUUCCGUCCAAUCAUCGCCUUUAUCUCCUGAACUUCCACAACCACCCGUCCGCAACUCGCUUGACUUUUUAUCCUAUGCCAUCGCCAUGACCGAAAACAAUGAAACACAUCCUACUGCGCCACUAACAUCACCCAAGGCUCAGUAUUCUUCACAGCCUCUACGGAGCACCAGUCCUAUACCAGGCAGUAGCGCUGACGAAGAGGAUGAACCCACUCCUAUGGACACAUCCGUCGCAGGCAUCUCCACAAACAACGAUGAAAUGGAUAUGAGUGAGGAGCAAGGCAAUACUCAACCUAAAGAUGAAGAACUUCAUAUCAGUCCUCCUUCUUCUCCUACGACAACAGCUGCAAAAGCCAUUUUAAUGUUCAACAGUAAUAAUGAUGAGUAUAAGCAGUAUCAUCGUCAGCGCUCAGACUCAUCAGAGUUAUCUAUAUCGUAUGCAAGCCAAGCAUGAUCCCCCCUCCCCCAGAUUCUAAUAUGAUAAAGGAGCCUCUACAUUUACAAUAAAUUAUUCCCAUCUUCGUUUUCU